AUGGCGACGCAUCAAUUUUCUCCGAAAUUGGAGGAGAAGAGGCCAAUAUCCGAUGCUUUGGUUGACGAUGGACACAAUAUUAUCAGUGAAAGCGAUACGCCAUUGUCAAACCCAGACAUGAGUGCUUACAACGACAGCGUACCUGAGUUCAAUGACGCCGACUCGAAGGGCGAAGGUAGUUUAAGAAGCGCUAACGAGCCCGGCAACAAUGACGAAAUAAACACACUACCCGCUGAUGACGAGGAAAAUGUUAGAAGUGAUAGCGUGGUCAACGUGAAAUCUGAAGAUGAAGCAUCAAAGGGCGCGAGUGAUGAGGCAGAUGGUAAUUUUUUACCAAAAAUCUGGCGGGUGAGUGUUUCUGCUUUUUUUCACUUUGUACUUGUUCAGCUGACACAAGCCACGACAGCUUAUUGUAAAAAUAAAAUACUACCUAUACACCACACCACCACGUUUAAGCUUAUUGUAGAAUGCUACCAAACAAACCCCAACGUUUGAGAUAUCUUUUUCAUGCAGUUCGGACACUAACCACGGCAGCUUAUUGGAACAUACUAUCUAUACAGUGGGCCAUCACGUUUGAGAUAUCGUUCUCAGCCAUAGUUUCAGACAGAUAUUUUAGAUCGAGAACGCGGACGUCAAAGACGACGUGAAAAUGGCGUGUUGUGCCCAUGUAGGGAUAUGCCACGUCAUUUGACGCCAUUUUCACGUCGUCUUUGACGUUAAUUGUGUGUUACGGACACGGUGAUUGGGCUCAUUGUAUUCUCGUAUAAUGAAGUAAUCGUCCAAUCGUCCAAUAUAAGAAUACCGUGAACAUCCGAAAAUAAGCCCCCCCGAAUAUAAGCCCCCCCCCCCCGUGUAUAAGCUCACCACAUCUACUAACGCUCACCUCAUUCCAAAUAUAAGCCCCCUCCCGAAUAUAAGCCCACCCGAAUAUAAGCCCACUUGUUUAUCACUAUUGUUUAUCACUAUUACCACUAUUAAUCACUAUUAUUACUAUGCUUAACACUUGUUUAUCACUAUUACACUAACACAAAAGAUCGUCCAUGUAUAAGCCCCCCCCCCCCCCAGUCUCCCCUUGUAUAAGCCCAUCAAAAAUCGCUUACGAAAGAAUAUAAGCCCAGGGCUUAUAGUCGGAGGUUUACGGUAUAGUCUUGAACUAUCUGUGCCAGUGUAGAUAGUGCCAAUAAUACGAACAAGAUUUCGUUGCUAGGGAUGCAACUACCUCAAAAAUAUAAGGACUGAGCAUUUCGCAGCAUGAGCUCCACCUUUGAAUUUACUAUAUGAGUAAAUUCUUAAACACGUCCGAAUUUAUCAUUAUGAUAAAUUCGCGGCAAAUUUUGAAUUUAUCAUAAUAAUAAAUUCGCGGCACCUAACACUAACUCUAACCCCAACCCUAACCACUAACCACUAACCACUAACCCCUAACCCCUAACCACUAACCACUAACCCCUAACCCUAACUUUUUAAACUUUUUAAAUUUUUUUAACUUUUUUAAAAAUCUAAUUUUUUAAACCUUUCUUGAUUUUCAAAACUCUUUUAAAACUUUUUAAAACUUUUUUGGGAACUAUUUUUUUAAAAACUAUUUUCCCAAAAAACUUGAAAAACUCCCCCAUCCCCGCGCGACACACCUCCCUUCCAGUGCCAUUACAUUUAUAGCAAGAAACCUUGUGUAAUGCUUGUGGUUUUAGGAUUAACUCUAUUGAUAAAUUCAAUGUGCCGCGAAUUUAUCAUCAUGAUAAAUUCGGACGUGUUUAAGAAUUUACUCAUAUAGUAAAUUCAAAGGUGGAGCUCAUGUUGGAAUUUCGACGUUAGUAACUCCAGACGAAGUGCCUUUGCUCGGAACGUCGAAAUUCUCCUCAUAUUUUUCAAGUAGUUGCACCCAUACCAACGAAAUCUUGCAGGGCUGUAGCAAGAUCGAUAAUUGGGAGGGGGGGGGGGGUGUAUAUUCAUUCCCAACGGAUUUCUUUUGAAAGCGAUUGUUUUUACGGUAUGUGAACAUGAAUAUAUAUAUUACUAUUCAUCCCCCCCAUCUUGCUAUGUGGCCUUGAAAGCUUGUUCAAUAUAGGGAUAGUCGCAAUAAUUAUAAUAUUGAGUCAAGUUUAGAGAACAAAUCUGUGCACGACACAGUUCAAAACGUCAAACAAAGGUCUUCUAUAUUUUGUGACUUUGAUGCAUCUUAUCUUGACAGUUUGUACGAGUGCAACUCGUAUAACAGUUUGUAAACACAAUUUGUAUUUUAAAACACUUUAGGAAGAACGUGACGACGAAUUUCUUAAGUCUUUUGAAGUACAAUUAUACAAUUUAAAUCAACAACCCAGCAAUGAAGGAGGAUUUCUAAAAAUGGAAUUGGAUGGUGAUACUGGAUUGAAGGUCACUACAACUGGAUUUCAAAAGGAUGCAUAUA